AUGCAGUCAAGACAAGUCUACGAAACUGUUGUAUACACCAAUAAAAGCAGUCAUCAUCAGAAUAAUAACAGGCAGAUGCAAUCGACUGAGAACAGUGAAGUUCGAUUAGACCUGUUGAAAACUUUUAAUGAUAUGAAUGUAACUUUGAGUUUAGCGACAUGUGAAGUGGAUGAUGAAUUCGCAAGCCCUUCCAGUACUCAUUAUCACGGUAACAAUGAUAAUAAUAAUCCUGAAGAUGACAAUCCUCUGAAAUGUUGUCAGGAUGAUUCAAUCAUUUAUACUAUGAACACCAGUAAUACUAUCGCUGACAGUAGUAAUAAUCAACACAAAAGAAGAAAGCAUCGAUUAUUGAUUGGAAAAGAGAAAUGCAGAAACUUUUUCAUAUCUUAUGAAUUUUGGAUUUUUAUUGUACCCUUUUUAAUGACAGUGACAUUUGUAAUAUUUUUAUCUUUUACGUUCGGUUAUGCGUUUAUCUCAAAAAAUGAAUCAAAAGUGGAUGAGAUUAAAGAACCUGGUGGUAGUCAAAGUAAGUUUUAA